GCAUCAACGAGCACAUCGUGCUGCUCUCCAAACGCCGAGCGCAGCUCAAGCAGGCCAUCAGCGCCAUGGUCAAGGAGGCCAUCACCUACAUCGACAGGGCGCCCAACCUGGCGGUCAAGACCGAACUCAUCGAGACCCUCAAUACCGUCACAUCAGGCAAGAUCUUCGUGGAGGUUGAGAAGGCCCGUUUGACCCGCGCGCUCGCAAAGAUCAAGGAGGAGGCUGGCAAGAUUGACGAGGCGGCUUCCAUCAUGCAGGAGGUUGCGGUUGAGACGUACGGCGCGCUAUCCAAGCACGAGAAGCUCUUCUUCAUCGAGGAGCAGGUUAGGCUGUGCCUCGACAAGGGAGACUACAUCCGCGCCCAGAUCCUUUCGCGGAAGAUCAACGCCAAGUCCUUCGACGAGAUCGUCAAGGCUGAGAAGAAGGCGGCGAUUGAGGCGGCGAAGAAGGCUGGCGAGGACGUGAGCCAGAUGGACCUCGACAAGGACAUGACAGAGGAGGAGCGCGCCAAGGAGGAGAAGAAGAAGAACGCGAGCGUGGAACACGCGGAGGGUUACUUCGAGGCGACGGACCCUACCAUCCCGCCCGUUCCUGAGCUCAAGCUGCGCUACUACCACCUCAUGAUCCGCUUCUAUAGCCAUAGCAACGAGUACUUAGAGAUCUGCAGGUGCUACCAGAACAUCAUGGAGUGCGAGGGCGUCAAGGAGGACCCCUCGAAGUGGACUCCGGUGAUGAAGAAGGUGGUCUGGUACGUGGCGCUUGCCGCCAACGAGCCCAUGCAGCAGUCCCUGCUGCAUCAGAUCUCCAAGGAUGCGAAGCUCGCGGAUCUGCCCCUGCACAAGCAGCUCAUGAAGCAGUUCACCACGAAGGAGAUCAUCCACUGGGACACCCUCGCCGCCGCCUUCGGCAGCGAGAUGGCGGCGGAGGCAGACAUCUUCGGGGGCGAUGACGGAGAAAAGCGCAAGAAGGACCUCAGGCAGCGCGUCAUCGAGCACAACUUGCUCGUCAUCGGAGCCUACUACUCGCGCGUCACGCUGCAGCGGCUGGGCGAGCUCCUCUGCCUCCCGGCGGAUGAGACAGAGAAGCACCUCAGCGAUCUGGUGACGUCCAAGAAGGUGAGCGCCAAGAUUGACAGACCGGGCGGUGUAGUGGACUUCAAGACCAAGGCGCAGGGCGCGGACUGGCUCCUGAACCAGUGGGUGGGCAAGAUCGAUAAGCUCCUCAACACGCUGGACAAGGCGAAUCACCUCAUUCACAAAGAAGCGAUGGCGCACAAGGUCUCUCUAGAGGCGUGAGUUUGGUAGGAUGCUUCGUUGUCAAGUAUAAUCUACGGGUUGCUGCUCC